AGAUAGAUAACUUAAGCGAAUUAUUUAAAGUGUGCGAUAUAACUUACGUGACAUAACGAAAAUAGGAUUCAUUUUCAAUUUGAAUAGUUUUAAGGAUAGGAUUACCUUCAAGUUCAGUUCAUAUUUUCAUUUGCAAUUUCGCCGUGGAGAAACGAAAAAAAAAAAAAAAAGAAACAUCAUGAAUGAGAAUAAAGAAGCAACAGAAUCAAACAAAUUUUUCAAAUUUUCUUAUCCAAAAUCAGGCGAGGAAGUUGUCAUUUCUGGAAUAGCUGGUAGAUUUCCUAAAUCUAAUAACAUAGAGGAAUUAAAAGAUAAUAUAUUUAACCGUAAAGAUUGUGUCACUGAUGACUUACGCUGUUGGAAAUCAGACAAUCCAGAAAUGCCCCAACGUAUCGGAAAAAUAAGCAAUAUUGAGAAAUUCGAUGCAAUAUUUUUUGGAGUACAUUCUAAGCAAGCUCAUACGAUGGAUCCUAUGAGUAGAAUGUUAUUAGAACAUUCUUACGAAGCUAUCAUAGAUGCUGGAAUAAAUCCCCACGAGUUGGGUGGAACGAGGACAGGUGUAUUCAUAGGUGCAGGUUUUUGCGAGUCUGAGAAAUCAUUUUUCUACGACAACAGUAAGAUAAAUGGCUUUAGUGUCGUUGGUUGUUGCAAAGCUGUAUGGGCUAAUAGAAUUUCAUUUUGGUUGAACGUAACUGGACCAUCAUAUAUUAUAGAUAGCGCGUGCAGUUCAAGUCUUUACGCGAUGGAACACGCUUAUAGGGCUAUACGAGAUGGACAAUGUGAUUACGCAAUUGUAGGUGGAUCAAAUCUUUGCCUUAAUCCAAACAUAUCUCUACAAUUCAGUCGUUUAGGGGUGUUAUCUAAGGAUGGUUAUUGCAGAAGUUUCGACCAAGAUGCAACUGGUUUCGCGCGUAGCGAAGCCGUUGCUGUAGUAUUUCUUCAAAGAGCAAACAAUGCCAGACGAAUCUAUGCUACAAUUUGUCAUGCAAAAACAAAUUGCGAUGGUUAUAAAGAAGAAGGAAUAACGUUUCCUUCCAGCAAAAUGCAAAGUUCUCUUUUUCAAGAAUUUUAUAAUGAAUGCGGUUUAUCAGCUACUUGUGUUUCAUACGUUGAAGCUCACGGUGCUGGAACUACAGUUGGUGAUCAUGAAGAAAUGAAUGCUAUAGACAAGAUUUUUACUAAAAACAGAACUAAUCCUCUAAAGGUCGGUUCCGUAAAAUCAAAUAUGGGUCAUGCUGAAGCAGCCAGUGGAAUUUGUUCGAUCGUUAAGGCGAUUAUAUCAAUGGAAUCAUGCCUAAUACCACCAAAUAUACAUUUUAAUCGACCACGCAAAGAUAUAAAAGCUUUUACAGAAGGACGAAUCGAAGUUGUUACUGAGACCACUCCGUUAGAUGGUGAAUAUAUAGGAAUUAAUUCUUUUGGCUUUGGUGGUACUAAUGCUCAUGUAUUACUCAAAUCAAAUUCAAAGAAAAAGGUCAAUAAUGGAUUGCCCAAUGACGAUUUGCCUAGACUCGUAGUUGUUUCUGGACGUACGGAAGAAGCAGUAAUAGCCAUAUUAAAUGACAUCGAAAACCGAUCAGUGGACGUCGAAUAUGUUCGUCUUCUUCAUGACAUUUAUCUUAAAAACAUAUCAAAUCAUUUAUAUCGAGGAUAUACGAUAACUGGUCUUCAAAAAUCUAAUAGAAAUAUUAGAAAAAUUAACUAUUUUUCUGGUUCAAAGAAACCAAUUUGUUUUGUCUUUUCUGGAAUCGGUUCGCAGUAUCUUGGAAUGGGUCAAGCUCUGAUGAAGUUUCCUGUAUUUGUUAAAGCAUUGCAAAAAUGCGACGAAGUGUUAAAACCACAUAAAUUGAAUAUUUAUCAAAUUUUAAUUGAAAACGACAAAACUAUAUUUGAUAAUGUCUUGCACUCGUUCGUUGGAAUUGCUGCUUUUCAGAUUGGCUUGGUAGAUCUGUUAACUUCUAUGGGUAUAAUACCGGACUAUAUAAUCGGACAUUCUUUUGGGGAACUUGGUUGUGCAUACGUAGACGGAUGUUUGACUGCAAAGGAAAUGAUCUUGGCAGCUUAUUGGCGAGGAAUAGUCUCAAUAGAAGAAAAAAUACCAUACGGUUCUAUGGCCGCAGUUGAUCUUGGUUAUAAAGAUAUACAAAAAUUAUGUCCAUCUGAUAUUGACGUCGCAUGUCACAAUGGACCUGAAAGUUCAACAAUUAGUGGACCAGCUGAAUCAAUGAAAAUAUUUAUUAAAAAACUGCAGGAUAUGAAGAUUUUUGUAAAAGAGGUAUCAUGUUGUAAUAUACCUUAUCAUAGCCGCUACCUCGAAGCUGCUGGAAAAAAACUUUUGGCAUAUUUAAAAACUGCAAUACCUGUAGCUAAACCUCGAAGUAAAAAAUGGCUUAGUACAUCGGUACCUCGUAACGAAUGGUCACAAUCAGACGCUCAAUUCUCCUCUAAUGAAUAUUAUACCAAUAAUUUUUUGAAACCUGUACUUUUCGAAGAAAUUUUAGACCUUAUUCCUAACAAUGCUGUCACAAUUGAAAUUGCACCGUACGGUCUAUUACAAGCGAUAUUGAGAAAAUCAUUGCAACCUACGGUAACAAAUAUUGCAUUAACUCAACGAGAUCAUGAAGAUAAUUUAACGGUUUUUUUACAAAAUUUAGGAAAGCUUUAUAAUAUUGGCUUACAACUAGACCUUUCUAAAUUAUAUCCACUCGUAGAAUAUCCAGUUAGUCGAGGUACUCCAAUGAUAUCUCCACUUGUUAGAUGGGAACAUUCGUAUGACUGGUUUGUAACAUCUUACAAUAUGAAAGAGAAAAUUAACUCAGGAGAUCGAAUGAUUGAGAUAUCGAUCCUUGAUCAAAAUUUCCAAUACAUACAAGGCCACAUGGUCGAUGAUAAAAUUUUGUUUCCUACAGCAGGAUAUUUAUGUCUGGUCUGGGAAACUAUGGGUAUUAAUAUAGGACAGCUGUACACAGACUUAUCCGUUAUCUUUGAAGAUGUAAAGAUUAAUCGUGUUACAAAUAUUCCAAAAAAAGGCAAAAUUGAAAUGACCGUAAUGAUUCAAAAAGGCAGUGGUAAAUUCGAAAUAACCAAGGAUAAUGAUGUUAUCGUAACUGGAAUUAUUCGUAUUGCACAACAUUUAUCGAAAGAAAAAGUACAUUUGAAUUUAAUCAAAGAAAAUAAUGACGAGGAGGAAGAUGAAUUAAAUGCGAAUGAUAUUUACAAAGAAUUGAAGUUACGUGGUUACCAAUAUACUGGCCUCUUUCGAAGUAUACACAGUGCAUCAAUUUCUAAAAAUAAAGGACAGGUCGAAUGGAAAAAUAAUUGGGUAGCGUUCAUUGAUAACAUUAUGCAGAUGAAAAUUCUAAAUGUUGAUACUAGAGAUUUACUUGAGCCAAUUGGAAUUCGAAAAUUGAUAAUAGAUACUGAAAGUCAUCAAAAAUAUCUUGAAAACUUUGCCAAUGAUCAACAAUAUUUACCUAUACGAUUCUUUAAACAGAUUGAUGUGAUUAUAGCUGGUGGCGUGGAAAUUUGUAAUUUAAGAUUACACGUGAUGGCUCGAAAAAGUCCUAUCGACAAUCCAAUUAUCGAAGAAUAUAAAUUCAUUGCUUAUCGUGAUAAAAUGGAAAUAUCAUUGCGAGAAGUAUUAACGUUAUCUAUGCACAUUACUCUGGAAAAUAUACCAGUGAAAAAUGUAAAGACAAUAGAACUCAUUGAAGAUAAUGACAACAUAUCAGCAGAGGAACUCGUUUCUCCAAUAUUUUCAGAUAUUCUAAGUAAAUUACCUUUUAUUCGAGCAAACGUUAAUAUAUUUACACCUCCAAACAAAUUUAACACAGAUGAUAUUCCUAAAGAUAUCAUAGUUUCCAAAUUAAAUAAUUUACAAUUUAAUAGUUCCUCGUUACUAGCUGUGGGAAGUUGUUUGUUGACCACAGAGAAGAAGAACAGUUUGAAGCAACUUUUACAAUCAACGAUAUACGGAGCUUUUAUUUUAUCUCGUGAAAAAACGUGUACACCAUUAGAUUUGUCAAUUAUACAAGAGUUUCAAUUAGGUAUAGUUUUGGAGAAACGUACUUCUGAAGAAGCAUGGAUAUUGUUAAGAAAGAUACAGAAAAUUCCUCAAAAUACUUUGUUUAUUAACGUUAAUAGUAAUAAAUUUCAUUGGUUGAAACAAGUGCAAACAAUAUUAGUCAAUAAAACAAAACAAAUAAUUAAUGACACAAGAGUGAUACUUGUUGAGGAAGGAAACUUCAAGAGUGGUCUUUUAGGAUUCAUUAAUUGUUUAAGAAAAGAACCAGGUGGUGAAAUAUUUCGAGCACUUUUAAUUCAAGAUGACAAAGCUCACAAAUUUUCGUCAGAAUUACCUCUUUAUUCCGAACAACUAAAAACAGAUCUUAUUAUCAAUGUUUUACGACCAGGAAAUAUUUAUGGAUCAUAUAGGCAUCAAUUACUUCCACCUUGGGAGCCCAAACCAGCACACCAUGCAUUCAUCGGUCAAUUGUUUCGUGGAGAUUUAAGUUCGAUACGUUGGAUUGAAGGGCCAAUUACAAAAGACUAUGAAAAGGAAGAAGAUCUUGUAAAUAUUUAUUAUGCAUCGUUGAAUUUUAAAGACGUAUUGCUUGCGACGGGUAAAUUAACUUUAGAAGUUGAAAAUAGAAAAGAAAUAUACAACGAAAUUGGAUUUGAAUAUAGCGGAAUUAGUGGUAAUGGUCGUCGCAUUAUGGGGAUCAAUCGAAAUAGGUGUCUAUCAAAUUUUUGUCAAUUAAACGAAACUUUUUCUUGGAUUGUACCUGAGAGUUGGAGUUUAGAAGAUGCAGCGACAGUACCGUGCGUAUAUUGCACAUCUAUUGCUGCUCUUUAUACGUACGGAAAAAUGAAGAAGGGUGAUAAAGUCCUUAUCCAUGCUGGUAGUGGUGGUGUUGGCCAAGCUGCGAUAAAUUUAGCCCUUUAUGAAGGCUGUGAAGUAUUUACUACUGUCGGUACAUUAGAAAAGCGCAUAUUCAUUAAAGAAACAUUUCCUAGCAUCGAUGAUUAUCAUAUAGGAAAUUCUCGAGAUACUAGCUUCGAACAACUAGUAUUGCAACAAACCGAUGGUGCAGGUGUAGACAUAGUUCUAAAUUCUUUAACUGAUACGAAACGUUUGGCAUCUCUUCGUUGUUUGGCCCACGGAGGACGAUUUUUAGAAAUUGGGAAGUUUGAUUUUGUUACUGAUAGUCCGUUAAGCACAGAUUUUUUUAUGAAAGAAAUCAACUUUCAUGUCAUAAUGUUGGAUCAAAUUAUGACUUCUUUUGAACAAGUGAAAAACGAAAUUAGUUCGAAAUUCAAUCAACUUCUUAAGGAGAAUGCUAUCAAACCGAUUAAUAGAACAGUUUUCGAUAAAGAUCAAGUGGAAGCAGGACUUAGAUUCAUGGCAGCUGGAAAACAUAUUGGAAAAGUACUUAUAAAGAUCCGAGAAGUAAACGAGUCACUGAUAAGACCCAUCUUAGCUGAACCUUCUUACUUAUGUUUUCCGAACAAAAGUUAUAUUAUCUUUGGUGGCUUGGGAGGUUUCGGUUUAGAAUUAAUCGAUUGGUUAAUUCUACGAAAUGCUCAAAAUAUUAUCAUUACUUCGCGACACGGUGUAAAAACUGGUUAUCAACGCAUGAGAAUCAAAACAUGGGAAUCAUAUGGCGUGAAUGUUAAAAUCCUUGUUGGUCUUGAUGCCGCUAGAAGAGAAGACUGUGAGCUUAUUGUGAAAACAGCUAUUGAUGAGGGUCCCAUAGAUGGUGUAUUUAAUCUCGCUGUAUCUUUGAACGAUCGAAUUUGUACAAAUCACACGUUGGAAAGUUUUCAAGAGCCUUUCGAAGGAAAAGCUUGGGCCACGACACAUUUGGACGAAGUGACUAGAGAACUCUGUCCAGAUCUUCGACACUUCGUAGUCUUCUCCUCUGUUUCUUGUGGAAGAGGAAAUGGCAGUCAAACAAAUUACGGCAUGGCUAAUUCAAUUAUAGAAAGAAUAUGUGAAAAACGAGUAAAGGAUGGUUUUCCUGGAUUAGCCAUACAAUGGGGAGCGAUUAAAGACGUCGGAAUUCUUGCGGACAUGCAAAAGGACGAUAAAGAACUUUUCAUAGUUGGUACCCAACGACAAACCAUAGCAUCAUGUUUACAUGAACUUAAUAGACUUUUGCUACAGAGUAAACCUGUGGUUUCUUGUAUGGUGAUACCUGAAAAACGUGUAAUUGACAAUGAUGUGAAUAACAUUGUAGAUACUAUUUCAAACAUUAUGAGUAUUAGGGACUUGAAGACCAUCAGUAAAUAUACUUCCUUAGCUGAACUGGGAAUGGAUUCAAUAAUGGUUAUAGAAAUAAAACAAACGUUAGAGCGGGAUUUUCAAAUAUAUCUAACCAUACCAAAUAUUCGAAGCUUAAAUUUCGCCAAACUCAUGGAUAUGAAUAAUAAUGAGAUCGAUAAUAAUAAUAAUCAAGAUUCCUAGAGUACACAUAAUUAUAUUGAGUAUUGCAAUUGUCUGAUGAUUACAGAAGAGAAAACGAAAAUCAGAUUGUUUAAAAAAUUAUUUGAAAAAUCGUUAGUGCAUUUCGUAGACAAACAAUCAUGCAGAAGUCAUACACAAAUUCAUCGUGAUUUAGAAUCUCAUAUAUUUAUAAUAUUAAAGUUCAAAGAAAUACAUACAGAUAGCUUAAACAUUAGUAAAAAAAAAAAAACCCCCCAUGUAUAUUAUGUUACUCAAGUAAAAAAAUCAACUCAACGGUGUGGUAAAAUACAAAAAAAAAA